AUGAAAGACGAUUCAAAGGACGGGCCUUUCGGUCGUGUUAGAUUUGUUGCCGCCAAGUAUUUUUCCACAAGAAUUACUGAUGGAGUUGUAAGUGACGAGAAUGUGCAUAAAGAAGAUGAAGUGAAAAAAAGGAAACUCAACAGCAUGCUAGAUGAGAAAAAGGAGAAAUCGCAGCAAGAUGUGCUGGGCCAGAGAAACUUGCCAUACAAUCUUUACGAUACAGGAAAUUUAAUCAAAGUCGACAAUCCUCUCUCAGAUGGCAGCUUUCAGGUGGAAAUGAAGUUACCAGAAAGCAUUGAUGUAGAGUCGUCAAUCUCGGUAGAAGUUGAAGCUGGCGUUGCUUCUUUUUUAUUUUGUAAUAGCUUUUUUGCUUUAGUUACAAGGUGUGGGUGUUUGGAGAAGUUUAUAUCAAAAUCCACUAUGGAACCGAAAGAUUAUAGUACCAUCAGAAGCAUUUUGAAAGGAGAACAAGGCGAAAAGGUUGCUCCUUACGUUUUCAAAGUGCCCAACACCAAAGCUAUUCAAGAAUAUUUGGAUAAAGAAAGGAUUACCUAUGAAAUUUACCAACAAUUACAUGUCAGUUAUAACAGAUAUAUAAAUCCGUCUUACCAAGAAGAUAUUUCUGGACGAAACAACACAAUUAUAAACGAAUACGAAAAAGCUCACCAUUUCUUGGAAGUAGGAUGUGGCUGCGGUUGCUCUGCUAAACUGCCUAAAGAAGAAUUUGCUGAAUUGCGAGAAGACUUUCAGGCUCUAACAAAACCCGAACAACAUAUCUUUCUGAUGGCCCAACUCAAGGCCAUGGAUGGUGGUGCGGUCAAUACUAGUCGACGUCUCAAGAACAAGACUCGUGUCAAUAAGAGAACUGUCUACUGUUGA